UUCAAACUUUUUUGACCAAACGUAAAAGCUCAAAGAUUAAUUGCGCCUUCGUGAGUAAGUCAGGUCCUUUGAUCAAGUCAGUGUUUCAUCCUCCCGAUGGCUCCUCCACCGGGUACAGAUCCGGCGAAGAUGCAACAGAUCCAGCAAUUCCUCACCUCCGUCCUCUCUCAGCGCGGCCCCACCGCUCUCCCCUACGCCGAUACCACCAAGUGGCUGAUCCGCCAGCACCUCCUCACCCUAAUCUCCUCCUACUCCUCCCUCGAGCCCAAAACGGCGACGUUCACGCACAACGACGGCCGCUCCGCGAUCCUCCUCCAGGCGGACGGAACGGUCCCGAUGCCUUACCAGGGCGUCAGCUACAACAUCCCCGUCGUCGUCUGGCUCCUCGAAUCCUACCCUCGCGAUCCCCCGCGCGUCUACGUGAACCCCACGCGCGACAUGAUCAUCAAGCGCCCUCACUCCAACGUCUCCCCCUCGGGGCUCGUCUCCCUCCCUUACCUCCACGCCUGGGUUUACCCUAGCUCCAACCUCCUCGAUCUCGCCGCUCAGCUCAGCUCCGCCUUCUCCCGCGAUCCGCCCUUGUACUCUCAGCGCCGUCCUCCUCCUCAGUCGUCUCCUUCGAUCGGAUCUGGAUACUCGCGGCCUUCGCCGUCGCCUCCGAUCGGAUCUGGAUACGCGCGGCCUCCUCCUCCGUCUUACCACCAGCAGCAGCAGCAGACGGAUGACGCGGCGGAGGUUUACAAGAGAAACGCGAUCAACAAGCUGGUGGAGAUGGUCCACGUGGAUCUCGUCACGAUGAGGAGCGCGAGAGAAGCGGAGGCGGAAGGGCUGCUCAGCUUACAAGCCACACUCGAGAGGAGAGAGGGAGAGCUCGCCAGAGGCUUGCGGGAGAUGGUUAGCGAGAAAGAGACGCUGGAGCAGGAGCUGCAAGUCGUAUCCAUGAACACCGACGUUCUCGAUUCUUGGGUUAGAGAGAACCAAGGCAGAUCCAAGACGGAUUUAGAUGAUGUGGAUAGUGCCUUUGUAUGCUUGGAGACGAUGUCGAGACAGAUGCUGGAGUGCACUGCGUCGGAUUUAGCUAUAGAUGAUGCUGUUUAUGCGAUGGACAAGUCGUUUCGGGAUGGGGUGUUGCCGUUUGAUCAGUACUUGAGGAGUGUGAGGUUGUUGUCGAGGGAGCAGUUCUUUCACCGAGCGAAGGCGGAGAAAGUUAGAGGGAUGCAGAUGGAAGCUCAGGUUGCUUCUAUUGCAGCUAGGUUGCAGUUGUGAAACAACACUGGCAGGGUUUCCUUGUAACUUUUGAUGAUAUUUGAUUACUGUCUAUAGGGAUGUAUACCUUACUACAUAGUUGCAUUGAUCAUACUUUGGGUUCACCACUUACCAAUCUCUCUGUCAUUGGUUUUUUGAAAUAAUGAAUCAAUUGGUUUGGGAAAA